AUGAGGCGUUCCAAGCUUUUCUUCGUCCUGCUCGCGCUCUCCCUGCUCGUAUCUCUCGCGCUGGCGCCUUCGUGCCGCGCAAAUGAGAUCGACGCGGAAGACAACGCCGACAAUGACGUCGAGGGCGCCGCCAUUUCCGCCGACGCGGCUUCCCCUCCUGGUCUUGUAGGCAAGCUGUUGGGCGCGAGCAGGCGGUUCCUGUGGUCGCCCCGCAUGCUGUCAUGCAAGUCGGACUGUGAGGAGAAGAACAAGAAGUGCAACACUGAUUACAGCAAGUGCAAGCGCGAGAACAGGGACGACGAGCACGAUCACAAGAAGUGCACGCACAAGUACGAGAAGUGCAAGAAGAAGAUCAAGAAGUGCCGCUCCAAGUGCGACUAG